GGAGUCGAGUAUUAGUGCAGCAGCCCUAGACCAGACAUCCCAUACACACUCUACAUCGGCACCACCCAUCUGCUCCUCGUCCCCGGUCGAGAAGUCCGCAAGAUCCACCCCAAAUUCCCCACCUCUCUCAUGCCCGAAUCUCCUCAUCAAUACAAACUCGAACUCUCAGAAUACUGGACCAACGAAUACAAAAAGAAAUACAACCGUGAACCAGCUUUUCACUAUAAAGCAGUGGAGUUUGGGUUGGAGGAUAAUGAGGUCGUUGUUGCUGCUGUGCUUCCUGGAAGUAAUUUGGUUCCGCAGUGGGAGUUUAGCAGGUUGUUUAAGGGCGAGAGUGGACUUUCUUCUGUGGAUCAAUCGAGCGACGCGAAGGCUAGUCUUGGGUUGAUGAAUUUUGAUUUGUGUAGUACCGCUGUGCGUUAGAUCAUGGCGGUAUGUCUCAGGGAAAAUGGGACUCGAGGUUUGUGAACAGGGUCUCA